GAGAGGCAGCCCCGCAGGUACGCAUGCGCCUGGGCUCCCACGGCCACAAAUCCGGGCUAUCCCUGCAGCGUCGGUGAAAGCGGCCAUCAUGGCGGGCAGACUCGGCCGGUUUCUGAAGGAGUCCUGGGCCAAGGAGCCUGUGCUGACCGUGUCCUUCGCCAUCGGCACCGUGGCUGUGCUCUUACCUCCCCUGAGCCCCUCUUCCAAGUAUGCAGGCAUGAUCAACCGAGCUACCCCGUACAACUACCCUGUUCCUGUUCGAGACGAUGGCAACAUGCCCGACAUUCCCAGGCAUCCUCAGGAUCCCCAGGGGCCUUCCCUUGAGUGGUUGAAGAAUCUGUGAAUCCCCCGUCACCCCCAAUAAAUGUCCUUAUCUCA